CAACGUUCGACGAUAACCUGUGAGUACUCGAAGCCAUGUCUUGGGGUCCUUUUACUUCCGCUCGUUCAUUUAUGCUAUUGUUUCUGUCUUUGGGUUUGGGUUCUCGCAUUUGUUACGGUUCCGGGUUCGGUUUCGACCUCCACCACCGCUUCUCCGAUCCCGUUAAGGGAAUUCUCAGCUUCGAUGGCGGCCUCCCGGAGAGAGGGAGCGUUGAAUACUACGCCGCUAUGUCACACCGAGACCACUUGACUCGCGGCCGUCAUCUCGCCGCCAGCGACAGCCAUACGUCGCCGCUCACUUUUGUCAAUGGGAUUAACGAAACUGUUCUGAUCAACUCUUUGCCAUUUUUGCACUAUGCCAAUGCUUCUGUGGGGACGCCAAGUUUAUCAUUUUUGGUGGCAUUGGACACAGGCAGCGAUCUGUUCUGGCUACCAUGCGAUUGUAAGCCAGGAAGUUGCUUUACUGCCUUGCAGACAUCAUCAAGUACU